AUGAGAAUUAUUCAGAGUGCUAGGAAGCCAAAAUUUUAUUCCAAAAUACUUAAUAUAAUAUUCCCAAUCCUCCUUAUUAUCUAUCAUAACAAUGGCAAUAGGGCCGGAGUCGAACUCGUCAUCAACUCUACUGAUUUGCUAUUUGUAUUUAGAAUUCCUCAAAAGGUAGUCACAUAUAAUUACUUUACUAAAUGGGUGCUAUGAUUCUAUAAGAUCACUAUUUCUGCUCUCUUUAGAUCAAAAAUAGCAUAAUUUUACUCGUAACUUACCAGCUCCACACAGUGUCCUUAAACUUGGUCACAAUAAUUUUCACUCAUGUUUCUCCUGGUGCGCCAAGAUUUUGGGCCUGAAUAUAACUAAAUAGAAGUUCCUCCCUCGAGGCCGAGCUUUUCUUAUUUUUACAUGAAUUAUAGAGGCAUCAUUUUUAUGUAUGCUAUUGCAAAUAAUUUCCUUUUCUUUUGAUAAUAAUACACUCGGCUUUACUCUUUGGACCUCUGGGAUAAUACACACCCCUGCAGAAAUGAAAAUAGUUUAGGAGAAAGUGUGAAAUUUUAUAGAGUAGUUCAAACUAAGAUACUUAAAGUAAGUUUUUACAGCCAAAGGGUUAUUUUUAGGCAUCCGAGGUUGUCGAACCCCACAACAUACAAUCCUUGGCUUGGGCUUAGAUCCAGUCUUCUCGAUGGUGACCAGAUCUGAACUCCUU